UUUCUAAUUCCUGACGAAUGUUUUAUGGAUGAGAACAUAAGUACUAAGUAGUAUUAGAUAUCCCACUCCUUUCCAAUAUUUCUGAUUUUUAAUUCAGAAUGGGUUUAUUAACAAUUUUAAAGAAGAUGAAGCAAAAAGAAAAAGAAGUUAGAUUGUUGAUGCUUGGGUUAGAUAAUGCUGGUAAAACAACUAUUCUGAAAAAAUUUAAUGGUGAAGAUAUUGAUACUAUUUCUCCUACUCUAGGUUUUAAUAUAAAGACUUUAGAACAUAGAGGUUUUAAAUUAAAUGUUUGGGAUGUUGGAGGUCAGAGAUCAUUAAGAUCCUAUUGGAGAAAUUAUUUUGAGAGUACAGAUGGUUUAAUAUGGGUUGUGGAUAGUGCUGAUAGAAUGAGACUUCAAGAUUGUAAACAAGAAUUACAUUCUUUAUUAUUGGAAGAGAGAUUGGCUGGAUCAACAUUACUUGUUUUCGCUAAUAAACAAGAUUUACCAGGUUCUUUAUCUAGUGAUGAUAUCAAAAAGAUGUUAGAUCUAGACAAUAUUAAAACACAUCAUUGGAGAAUCUUACCAUGUAGUGCUGUUACAGGAGAACAUUUAUUAGAGGGCAUAGACUGGACUAUAGAUGAUAUCGCUUCCAGGAUAUUUACUAUGGACUGAUUUAAAACUUAAAACGGUGUGUUUGAUUGGUCAGUACCUGAAUUUAACCUGAAAGAGUGUGUUUGAUUGGUCUGAAUAUGCUGUUUAGAGUGUUGGUAUGUGUUAUUGAUAUGAGAGAAGAUUGGGAGUUCAAACAAAUUUGAUCAGAUGUGGAAUCAUUGAAAUCUGAUCUGGAUUCCGGUUUACUUGGAUACUUUUAGUCAAAUGCACCUAUUAAGAUCAAUUUAUUAAACUGUGAUAUUCAUUUUGAGAAACUUAAAAAUGUGGUAUACAGGUCAAAAUUCUAUGGAAUACAAUUACUGCUUAUUACAAGCGUGACUAGGCUUCUCUAGUCAUUAUCAAGCAAUGAUAAAAUAUGAAAAUAAGGAGUAUCUCUGGUUGGUCAGCAUUAACUAUGUAUUGUUGUGUAAAUGUAUAUAUUGUCUUGUCAUAUUUUCAUAUUUUAUCAUUGCUUGAUAAUUACUAGAGAAGCCUAGUCGAAACAUCGCUCAGUAAUAAGCAGUAAUUGUAUUCCAUAGAACUGUGACCUGUAUACUCUAGUUCAAUUACUAAAUGCCAUUGAAACAAUUUAAAAAUGUGGUGUUUAUUUACAUUACUUCUAUAUAUGUGGAAGAAUAUUUGAUCAAUGUUUGUGUCAUAUAGACAGUUUCUGUUUUAAGGCUGUUUAUGCUACAUGCAUAAGGCUCUCCUCUAUUUAUUCUUUAACCCUUACCGAUUUCGUUAUUGAAGUUGAAGAUCACAGUCGGCAAGCCUUAACUACAAGCUGAAUUGCAUCUAUACUAUUCGUUUAAUUUCCAUUGUCCAGUAAUUUUUUUGUUUUUUGUUUAUAUUUCAUUUAUUAUUCUUACGUCAAUUAAAUUAAAUCACAAAUAUGGUA